GGCGAGGCUUCCGGCCACGGGGCGGGGCUUCCGGCCGUCCGGGGAGGCCGGCCCGAAAGCUGCGGCAGCUGCAGUUCUGGGACCUCGGGGCAGACCAUGGCGGCGAACCUGAGCCGGAACGGGCCGGCGCUGCAGGAGGCCUACGGGCUGGUGGUGGACGAGAAAUCCCCAACUGACUGGGCUCUCUUCACCUACGAAGGCAACAGCAAUGACAUCCGCGUGGCCGGCACUGGGGAGGGUGGCCUGGAGGAGCUGGUGGAGGAGCUCAACAGCGGGAAAGUGAUGUACGCCUUCUGCAGGGUGAAGGACCCCAACUCUGGCCUGCCCAAGUUUGUCCUCAUCAACUGGACGGGCGAGGGCGUGAAUGAUGUGCGGAAGGGAGCAUGCGCCAACCACGUCAGCACCAUGGCCAACUUCCUCAAGGGGGCCCACGUGACCAUCAAUGCACGGGCGGAGGAGGACGUAGAGCCCGAGUGCAUCAUGGAGAAGGUGGCCAAGGCCUCCGGGGCCAACUACAGCUUCCACAGGGAGAGCAGCCGCUUCCAGGACACAGGCCCGCAGGCCCCGGUGGGCUCUGUGUACCAGAAGACCAAUGCUAUGUCUGAGAUCAAGCGGGUUGGCAAGGACAGCUUCUGGGCCAAAGCCGAGAAGGAGGAGGAGAACCGGCGGCUGGAGGAGAAGCGCCGGGCUGAGGAGGAGCAGCGGCGGCUGGAGCAGGAGCGCAGGGAGCGGGAGCUGCAGGAGGCUGCCCGCCGGGAGCAGCGCUACCAGGAGCAGCACAGUGGGGCAGGGCCCCAGAGGACGUGUGAGCAGCCGCAGGAAGUGGCCUCAAGGAACAGAGAGGAACGGGAGGCUGCCGGGCUGCAAGCUGCACACUCGCGGGAGAUUUUCAAGCAGAAGGAGCGGGCCAUGUCUACUACCUCUAUGUCCAGCGCACAGCCAGGCAAGCUGAAGAGCCCCUUCCUGCAGAAGCAGCUCACCCAGCCAGAGAUGUCGCUUGGCAGAGAGCCAGCUCCCGCCGCCGCAAGGCCCAGGGCAGAUGUUUGUGAGGAGCCGGUGCCUGGCAGCCCUCCACAUCGGGUGCAGGCGGAAGAGGAAGCUGUGUAUGAGGAGCCCCCAGCGCAGGAGACCCUCUACGAGGAGCCGCCGCUGGUGGAACAGCAGGGUGCUGGCUCUCAGCACAUCGACCACUACCUGCAGGGCCAGGGGCUCAGCGGGCAAGGGCUGUGUGCCCGGGCGCUGUACGACUACCAGGCAGCCGACGACACAGAGAUCUCCUUUGACCCUGAGAACCUCAUUACGGGCAUCGAGGUGAUCGAUGAAGGCUGGUGGCGUGGCUUCGGGCCCGACGGCCACUUCGGCAUGUUUCCUGCCAACUACGUGGAGCUCAUUGAGUGAGGGGAGGCCAGUCCCCAUCCCUGCCCGGCUGAGGCUUCUUGGUUGCAGGGAGAAGCCCCAGAGCUAACGCUGGGCAUCUGCAGGAUGGGGGCCGAGGAGGGCGAGGCCUCAGGACACCUCUGCCUGGGCGGCUUAGGCCCAGUCACCCAGAGGCAGCAAUACCUAAUGAUCCCUGUACGUGCUUCCUACAGCCUCCCAGGCCUCCCACCAGCCCGGCCCUGGUCCCAGAGGAGGCUGAGCCAAGCACAUCGGUGGCCAUUCCCGGGUGACCCUGCCCCGGGCACAGCGGCCACCACUAAGCUGGGGGGCUCUGUGCAGGGGCAUCUGGAGGCCGCCGCCUUACUUGCCUUUUUUCCUUUCUCUCUGGCCUCUAAGGGGUGGUGGCUACCGCUGUUGGACUGACCCUUGGGAACUUAGACAGUUGCCUUUAGCAGGGUGUGUGACCAAAGUCUGUGGACCGUGACUGCCGCGAGCGGGGAGGUAUUGCUGUCUGCCCUGCCGCACUCCGUUUCUCCGCCCCUGUGUCCGGGCCCGGGGGGAGUGGUAGUGGAAAGAGCAUGCUCCCGUCUCGGGUGUGUGAAAAAAGUGA